UGCUACUGAAGCGGUGGUUGCGGCACCCGGCCACUCACCAAUACGACGACCCGCUGCGCCUUUUAGGUUUAUAUGGUGAUCGUUGUCCCAACAAUUAAACCGAGUCCUAAGCCGCGCAAACUGAUCGACAUCACUCUGCAUACAAACGCUUCAGACGGAACCCGUUUUAGGUGAUCCGUGUGUGAAAGGUGUAGCACAGAUUCGCCCGUAUCCGCCUCAACGCGAUUUUAGCAGACCAUGAAAGUGAUGAUUUAUGGAAUCGGUCUGAAACUGGGCAAAUCAGAGGGAUAGUCAUACACUGGGCACCCUGUUUUUUUGACAUAGGCUAACGGUCAUUUACUAAGGCUAACGAUAACUAAACUAUGGAGAUACUCGUCAACUAGUAAUGGCUAAAAAGCACGAUUUAGGACCAGUCCUGUCAGCCUUCAUUAUUUCGUUUUAACUUGGACAUCCAGGUUCGGCAGUGUUAGCGCUGAUUUGUCUAACGGACAGCAGACCCCGAGUCACGUCCUGAUUCACUGAUUUUAUUGCAGCCGCAUUUUGGCAGCUGCUCCAUCCCGAGUCCCAUCUUAAUACACUAGCUUCUUCAGGGAAUUCGACAAACACCAGUCCGCAUUUUUUUUUAUAAAGAUUUACAACACACCUCUUGAAACGGGGAACAACGGUCCACCUACAAAAAAAGUUUCCUCGGACCAGCCUACGCCCGAAAUCUUUAGACACCGUUAGAGUUCUUGAUUUGUAAGAGCUCGCACCUUGUCUCAGGGGACAGCUUACAUUAUUACCUGCAUUCAUGUGCAAGAUGAAUCUCUGGACCUACAAGAAGCUUUAUUAUCCGGCUGACUAGCAUCCCGCCCCACGUCUCGGUUGCUCCCUCAGCACACUUGCAGCUUAUGACAUCGGAGGAUCGUUGAGGCAAAAGCCAGCAGCACCAACCGACGGACCACUCAUCAUUCUUGGCGUGCGUCCUGCCUCAGUGGACUACUUUAGCAACAUAUUGCUUACCGCCCCACACGAAGCGUUCAGAUCACAACCAAUCAUCCCGACCCGCAAGAAAGAAAGCGCAACCUUUUCAGCCCGCAACAUCGCUUCGCUCAAGUCCUGCACCAGCAAGCCACAAUCUUGGCGAGGCGGCUUCUCGAGACCCGUUGUGGUCGCAUGAGAGGCAGGAGCGUGCCAAUUAAAAGUGUCUGCCGUCAAUGAACACGUCGGUCAUUUUACUGAGCGCGAUCUCUGCGUCUGGAGAGAAGCGGCUUGCAGAGGAGCCUACGGCACCUGAAUGUCAAGGCAACAGUUAAGGUGAAUAUCUGAAAGGCAGUCGAGUGAACUGGAUCGCCUAGCACCUGUGCGAAAGAAGCACGGGGGAGCCGCGCUUGUCCUCUGAGCGAACAGGUUCACCUUGGAGGCAGCAAACCGAGGGAUAGAGAAGACAUGACUGAAAACAGCGACAAAGAGGGCGAGCCCCAACAGCCAGAGGCGUCGCGAUCUCCGAGUAGCGUGUCCGUGCUGCCGGACUCUAAGCUACAAAGACUAAAACGCUCUCUGUCCUUCAAGAAGAUGAUCCGCAGCAAAAGUGUGGAGAACUUCUUCCAGCGUGCCAACAGUGAAAUCAAACUUGCCAGCGAACUCAUUGCUGUAUCGCCCCUUUCUCCUCCUCCUCCUCCUCCUCCAGAGAACUCACCCUCAUCUUACCCUGACCCGCCGUCGCCCAGUCCCAGUCCAGCCCUCUUGGCCAGAGCCCCAGCGCCAGCACGCCCACAGCAGACCCACUACUUUCAAGAGCAUGUGUUCCGCAAGCCCACCUACUGCCAGCUCUGCAAACAUAUGAUUGUAGGGAAUUCCAAGCAGGGACUGCGCUGUAAGAGCUGCAAACUUGGCGCCCACUUGUGGUGUUCUUCAGAACUGUCCCAACAGCUGUGCAGUGGUAAAACGUCAGGGGCAUUCAAGAGAAACUUCAGUUCUCCUUUGCUUGUUAAUGACCAGUUGGAAGUUGUGAAGGAGGCGCCACCUGCUGGAGGAAAAGGACGUGUGGACCCCGUAUAUGAGACCCUGCGUUAUGGGACUUCCCUUGCACAGAUGAGUCGCUCAAGCUUUAGCAGUGUGUCUGAAUCGCCUACUCGGAGCCAGGGUGACAGAGAAGAAAGUCCAGCAGAGGAGGAAGGCCAGCAUGAUAGUGUAUUUGCAGCAGAAAAUGAGAAGACAGAGCCAGGGGACAGGGUCAUCGUGAAGACUCCAAGGCGGAUUGAGGUGCAUCCCAUGCAUACCUAUGUGGCACUGUACAAAUUCAUUCCACAGGAGCAGAAUGACCUGGAACUGCAGCCAGGAGACCGAGUGCAGGUGACAGAUGAUUCCAACGAGGACUGGUGGAAGGGGAAGAGCAUAGACAAAGAGGGUUACUUCCCUGCAAAUUUUGUCCAGAGAGUGAGGCCAGGUGAAAAGGUGUGGAAGGUGACACAAUCUUUUCAGGGCAACCGGGACCUGGGCCAGCUGAGCAUCAAGGAGAGUCAGAUUUGCGUUGGCAAGGGGGAUGAAACUGAUGGCUUUGUGAAAGUGAGCAGUGGAAAGAAACGGGGUCUUGUACCCACAGACUCAUUAGACGAGAUCUGAGGUCUGGAUGAUCUUGCAUAUUCAAGAUGAUGUUGUGACUAAAGCCAUUGCAAUCUACUGCCUGCUCACCUGGACGACCUCAGUCUUCAGCAGCACCCCAAGUAUGGAUCUCCUCAAAGAAAGCCGUGCACUGACAGCAUUUCCCAAUACCUCAACCAUCAAUUUUCAAUCGGACAUUAGCAAAAGAACAGCCCCCUCACUCACUAGGCUGUGUUAAUGUUGUUCAGUGUUGAUUAUUAUAGUAUAGGCACAGGGGUGCAGGAAAUGUUUUUGAUGGCAGUAAUUUAUUUAAAUUGCCAUUCUCCAGUUCUUACAAAGAGGGAUGGAAAAACUAGUAUUGUGUUUUCCUUGCAAGACAGAAACAUGUUUGUGGCAGUGUGUACUCAUCUUGGGUGUCUGCAAGGCAGCAUGCAUUAUAGAAAGUUGUGUACAUUGUAAAGUGACGAUUACUAGGCUCUCUUACUGCACUAGCACAUCUUUUUGCAACUGAAAUGUUCUUCUUGCCAUCAUAACACAAAACAAAAACACUUGCAGCUGAUUUGCAACUCUACAUUUCCUCUCUGUGAACAGUGAUUUUUCCAGUUCUAACAUUAGUUCAACCCAGCAGUUAGUGCAUUUCAGGUUUUUCACAGAGGUUCACACAGUUCCAAGUCCGUCACAAGAUAACCUCGAUGAUCAAUGAUGUGUCUGCUCAGGAAUUUUCUCAGGGCAACACAACCCCCAAAGGAGUUCUCCUUUGGCACAAUUUGAGCUUCUGUCUUUGAGGGUGCCUCUUACGCAACUGUAGGCUGUCUCUCUCUCAGCCUUCCUGUGACACUCACCCCUUCCUCAAGUGAAUCAAGGUCAUGAUACCAUUUGUCCCUGCUCCAGAACUCACUCAGGGCAGCAUCCUCCUUUCACAUACUUGUCCUCCCUUAGGGAACAGCAGUGGCAGAACUCAAACUUGGGGAAUUUGGAUUACAUGUAGGCCUUUCCUGCCACCAUACAAAAGGAUCUGCCUUUGGCAUAAGCGGAUAAGGCCUCAGGUUUGUGGACAGCUUCUCCGUGUGAGAAUGUGAAAUAGAAAGGAUCACGGUACUGAGCAAUUUCUUGCUGGUGACAUAUCGAGAUUGAGAGAGUGUGCCUGCCAGCUCUUUAAUUUGAUACUGUCCCAAUUGCAGUAGAAAUCAUAAGCUCUCUGGCUCAGUUUGGGGAGUGACUUCCCUUUAGCUCUAACUAGAUAAGCUGCUGGUUAAUGACUCAGAGGUCCUGGGUUUCAGGCCAGCUUCUCUGUGUGAGGACAUGAAACUGAGACAGGUGAGGCCAGGUAUAAUUUAUUACUGGUGACAAAUGGAUUCCAUAUAUUUUGUAGCGUCAGGUUGUGGUGUUCCAGCAUGCUUGUCUAGUUUGGCUAUGUCCAUCUACCACAUUAUCUUUGGCUUUCCAAUUGUCAAGCAUGCAAAUGGUGGUCACAUUGCUAAGUAUUGAGCUUUAUUCCUUGUAACUCAUUUUGUAGCAUUCUUUAAAACAAACCUCCUCAUAUUCGGAAACUUUCCUUGCUUCAUUUAUCUAUAUUCUCGGCUCUACUAAAAUUGUUCUAACCCAGCAGCAUGUUGCACCUGCCUGCAUGAUUUUGAUUCCAUGCGUCUCCCAGUUUGAUCCAAGAAAUUCAAAGAUGCAGAGGUCAGUAAGAACUUGACCAUAGGCAAACAUCUGAACAUUUAUGUUAUUGCGGUAAGCAGGAGACAGACACAAGCACCUGUAGGUUUUGGAUGAAACAUCUUUUCAAAACGGGAUGUCAAAUACAAGAACUUUUCUUUCCAGCGCUUAUUUCAUUCUAGAUCAUUCACAGCAGUUUCAGUUGUUAUUUUUUCGGUUCACCGACAAAAGCGCGAUAGACAUAUGCGCCCCGACAAAACCGCGACAGACAAAUGAGCGCCGACAAACC